AUGCCACUGCAAUCCCAUACCACUCGUCCGACGAUCCACGUCCUCGGUCUCGGCAGCAUUGGCACAUUCACGGCUCACGGCCUAAAAGACAUCCCGAACCCUCCAGCUGUCACCUUACUCCUCCAUCGAGAAUCACUCUACCAAGAAUACAUACGGAAUAAUCGCCAGAUAACUCUAAAACCAGUGACCGGUGACACGAUGCACCACAGCGACUACAACCUCGAGAUCUACAAACAAGGCGCCUGGCAUACCCCGGCCGACUCUCCAGCAGACCACCAGAUCGACAAUCUAGUUGUAACAGUUAAAGCAACGCAAACGGUAUCUGCCCUCCGUGCCCUCAGAUCCCGACUCUCUCGAGCCUCGACUGUUCUCUUCCUACAAAAUGGAUGUGGUAUGAUCGACGAGGUCAACGAACACCUGUUCCCAGACCCCGCAACCAGACCAAACUACCUUGCCGGAGUCAUUUCGCACGGAGUAACGCUUGCGUCUCCCUUUAAUGCGAUACACACUGGCGCAUCCGCAAUAUCUUUGGGAUUGGUUCCUCGCCCGCAUUCACAGUCCUCCCCAAACACCCGAGAGACCGGUAACCAGCUACAAAACAGAGGCGGAUCCGAAUACAUGCUGCACAACAUGCCAGUCUCCCCCAGACUAUCCGCCAAAUCGUAUUCUUUUUCGGAUGUGUUCCAGAUCCAGCUGGAAAAGUUAGCUGUGAACGCAUUUUGUAACCCAGCCUGUGCGCUCCACGACUCGAAGAACAGCAUUCUUUUCGAAUUUCCCAAACUACGUCGGGCGAUCCUCACAGAGAUAUCAAGUAUUGUGCUGCGCUUGCCAGAGUUAAGAGGCUAG